UAUUAUUUAGCUGUUAUGCCAUCCUACCCAGCCAAUUACAAGAGCCUUCUUCUUCUUUUUUAAUAUAUCGAAUAAUCGUAGAAUCUCUUUUUGUUUUAGGUAGGAAUUGGAAGACGAGCCAGCCCUUGAUUGAGUCUGAGUCUGCGUCUGAAUUUGUUUGACCAGGGAGCCAAAAAUAUUCGAAUGGGGUGUUUUUCGUGUUUCGAUUCGAGGGAGGAUGAGAAGCUGAAUCCUAAUCCUCAGCAUGAGAGCCAUCAUCAUCAUCAUCUUGAUCAUCAUCAUAAGCUCCCCUCCAAUAUUUCCAGAUUUCCCUCUGUCUCUGGAGAAGACAAGCUACGCUCAACAACUAAUGGAGACUCCAAAAGGGAAUUGCCUGCUCUCAAGGACGGACCCGCUGUCCAAAUUGCCGCUCAAACUUUUACUUUCCGUGAACUUGCAGCCGCAACCAAAAACUUCAAGCCCCAAUCCUUUAUAGGGGAAGGUGGCUUUGGAAGGGUCUACAAGGGACGCCUCGAAACCACCGGUCAGGUUGUUGCUGUUAAACAGUUAGACAGAAACGGUCUUCAGGGUAAUCGGGAAUUCCUUGUGGAGGUUCUCAUGCUCAGUCUUCUGCACCACCCUAACCUUGUGAAUCUUAUUGGAUACUGUGCGGAUGGGGACCAACGCCUUCUAGUUUAUGAAUUUAUGCCAUUGGGAUCAUUGGAAGACCACCUUCACGAUCUUCCCCCUGAUAAGGAGCCAUUAGAUUGGAACACUAGGAUGAAAAUAGCUGCUGGUGCCGCAAAAGGAUUGGAAUACCUACAUGACCAGGCAAAUCCUCCAGUCAUUUAUAGGGACUUCAAGUCAUCGAAUAUAUUACUUGAUGAAGGUUAUCAUCCAAAGCUUUCUGACUUUGGUCUUGCGAAGCUUGGUCCUGUUGGUGACAAAUCACACGUUUCCACCCGUGUCAUGGGAACUUAUGGUUACUGUGCUCCUGAGUAUGCUAUGACUGGACAACUGACUGUGAAAUCUGACGUAUAUAGUUUUGGGGUAGUAUUCUUGGAGCUGAUUACUGGCCGUAAGGCCAUUGACAGCACCCAGCCUCAUGGAGAACAAAACCUUGUCACAUGGGCACGUCCGCUGUUCAAUGACCGCAGGAAGUUUCCAAAGUUAGCAGAUCCGCAGCUGCAGGGACGGUAUCCCAUGCGUGGUCUUUACCAAGCUCUAGCUGUGGCAUCAAUGUGUAUUCAAGAACAGGCAGCAGCACGUCCUCUGAUUGGGGAUGUGGUAACGGCCCUCUCUUAUCUGGCCAACCAGGCAUAUGACCCUAACAAUGCUGGGCAUGGUUACAGGGGAGCUGGUGAUGAUAAAAGGAACAGAGAUGAUAAAGGUGGAAGAAUAUUGAAAAAUGAUGAAGGUGGAGGAUCUGGACGCAGAUGGGAUUUGGAAGGAUCUGAGAAAGAUGACUCCCCGCGUGAAACUGCAAGGAUGUUAAACAGGGAUCUUGAUAGAGAACGUGCCGUGGCUGAAGCCAAGAUGUGGGGAGAGAACUGGAGAGAAAAAAGACGACAAAGUGUGCAGGGCAGUUUUGAUGGUUCUAACACCUAGUUUCUAAUUGUGCAAAUCCCAGCACCGUCUUCUGUAUCUUGGUUGCGGCCAUGCAAUGCAGGUUUGAAAUUUUUGGGAGCUCAUCUUUCGGAGAGCUGGUCUAGGACAAGUCUGGUUAGCCAUUUUGGACAUUGACCGGGUUCUUAUUUUUAUCUGUCUAGCGGCCAUUCCUUGCAGUGGCUGCAACGAAACAUAAUGAACCUGGUACCAAAAUCUUUUUUAACUCAGCCUUUUAUGAACUUUGAUUUCCUUUAUGGAUUUUCAUUCACCUCGUGGGCAUGAGCAUAAUAUUGGAGUUGGAGAGUGUAUAUUAUUUGCUAGAGCUAGAAGUGCUAUCUGUUAAUGUUAUAAGACUGACAUUUUCCGAAAAUGUUGCAGUAAAAACAUACGAGGAUAAAAUACUUGUUCCAACUGGUUUUAGGUUUCGUUUGAGCUAAAAUGGGAGAUUCCAAGAUACUUUGAAAUGUCUCUAUGGUAAGCUAUGGAGUUAGCAAUAAACUUUUAUAUAACCAGCAUGCAGUUGUAUUUAAUGAAGUGUUCUACUACGAUCGAA